CCUCAAUGUACGUAAUUUCGUAUAUAAUAAUAAAUCGCGCGAUGAGUCUCUUUUCGUUAAACUUGUGUUCAAUGAAGUUGUUGGACGAAAUUCAGUGCAAAAUGUUGUUUGUUCAAGCAGAAUAUGUUCGAUAGAUGAGAAAGCAGACGGAGGGUGAGAAUGGUAAAUAUGUGCGAGCCGAAUUUUAUCUAUGUACGACGAAUGGGGACGAAGGAUAAUGGUACAGGGGGAACAAUAUUCUCGCUGCAUAUACAUACAGUAACGACUAGGAAUUCUACAAAAGGUUGUGUAAAUGCGACAUGUGAUUCAGUCGGUGAUUGUUAAUUGAAGUGAAUGUCACGUAUAUUGUGCAAGAGCUCGAAAAUUGUGAAGAGAAAAUUGUAUUGUGACUUGGUGAUAAAGUACGAGCUGAAUUUUUAGCUGUGAAAUAAUUUUAUAAAAUGACAAUGGACUAUGCAAAUCAACGAGCGGAUAUUAAAAUGCCGUCUCCGCGUAUCUCAAGUGAAAAUCAAACAAAAAUCGAACUUAAUCAAAAAUCGAACACCAAACGAUCAUUUGAUGUGGCAUUUCUGAUGCGACCUGAUGAGAAAAUGAAAAGUCGUCAGAACGAAAAGCAUCAAAGAUUAAAUGCCGACGCAGUUGUUACAUAUCCCAAUCAAAUCAGUGUGAAAAGUGAUGAAAGUUUACGUGAACAAGACAAUGAAUCGAAUUACUUUGACCAAGAGAAAAUCAUCCCCACGAACGGUUUACACUUAAUUGGUGCUGAAAUACUCAACAACAACGAGUCGCCGCGAUCAGCACGAUUUGCAACAAUGCAUUCGUCAAAUUCACCUAGAGUCUAUGACGAUCCAUCGAUUUUACCGCCAGCUAAAAUGCCCAACUAUGAAAGUGAUUUACCUAUCCGGAGUGCAUUUACGAAAGUUCCACAUGCACGUCAGGACUCACCACCACCGUUGAGUCCUGACCAAAUGAGCUGUCCGUCGAGCAGUCCACCCAUAUCAACGAGCCCUCCCAGGCACAUCAUUUAUCAGAACUUUCGACCCGAAUAUCGAUUCGUCAACAACGGUCACUUCCAUACGAUUAGUCAAAUGCAAGCUGCCCAUAAUCAUCAAAAAUUGAAACAGCAAUUAAUGUACCGUCCGAUUCAGAAUCAGGGCGGUUCCGAAAUCUCCAAUUAUAUGCCCAGUGCAGGCUUCCCGUUCGGUACUCCGAAUCAUCCGUUUGUUCCGCAGCCCGACCUGACUGGCAUCGUCCGAAAUCCAGCCGCCGCUGCACUGCUUACCACUUUGAUUCCACCGACGAUUGCCACUUCAUUCACAUUGACCGCACAAAAUGUUUGUGCCAAGUGUAACAUUAGUUUUCGAAUGACCAGCGAUUUAGUCUAUCAUAUGCGUUCGCAUCAUAAAAGUGAAUUCACAAAUGAUACGAAUCGACGGAAACGCGAGGAAAAACUAAAGUGUCCAGUAUGCAAUGAAAGUUUUCGUGAACGUCACCAUUUGACGAGACAUAUGACCGCCCAUCAGGAUAAGGCUAGUGAUGAAGCGGAAACGAUUCAAAUUCAACGAAGGCACAAGUGAUUUGUAAAAUGUUUUCAAUAGACGUUUAAGCACCACCACCAACAUCCACACAUAACUACACAUAUUUUUAUCCUUUUCCUUUCCGAUGAUUUCACUUAAUAUGAAGAUGUCUAACGUUUUAAUUAGUGAAUUAUAUAAAUGUUUUUUGAUUAAUUUUAUUAUAAAUUGUGAUAUAUGUUACAUGUGUAUAUAAAGGAAGUCAUAUACUUAAAAUUAUAUUAUAUAUAUACUCGACUAGGACAAAAGAACAGCAAAGUAAAAAAAAUACAAAAUAUAUUGAAUUUUAUGG